UCCCUUCAAUCUAAUGCGCUUUAUAUACGCACUCUUUGCACUUGCUGUCGGUGCCACUGCGGUGAAUCCUAUAGACAGUCUACUAGAAGAGCUAUCGAGUCUGACGAACUACAAACCAUCAUCUAUCCCUCCAUCGAGAUAUUUGCAUAGUCAAACCGGUCAGAUCGACAAUCCCAACAAUUACGAAAUACUAGCUCAGGGUAUCACUGAACUCCUCGAAGAUAACGUUCUAUUGGCUGAUCUGGUAUUUAGAGCACCACCACCUUUCACACAUGACACUCAACUCGCUUUCAACCUCUACAAACAACUCGCAGAUGAAGGUGACCCCACUGCACACUCCAUUCUUGGCUUCCUAUACGAUACAGGCUACAAUAAUGUUGUAGAACCACACCCCGGUUUGGCACUCUUGCACUAUACUUUCGCCGCACUCGCUGGCGACACCAUCUCAGAAAUGACGUUGGGAUAUAAGCACUCAAUUGGUAGCGGCGCUGAACAAUCCUGUGAGCAGGCUGUAGAGUGGUACAGCAGGGUAGCAGACAAGGCCAUAGACUACUACCUUAGUGGACCACCAGGCGGUCACUCUUUGCCCCUCUCUAAGCCAAAAUUGUCGGAUCUCAAGGGUGGGCCAUACGGACUAGGCGCAUCAGUCGCAUCCACAGGCGAAAAUGCCUUCAGGCCUGUCAUAUACGCAGGUAAAGCUAAAGAUUCUGGUGAAAAUUGGCACGAUCUACUCGAUUACUUUACAUACGCAGCUAACCAAGGUGAACUGCAAUACACAAUACGUCUCGGAAACAUCUACUACCAUGGUAGUGUAUACACGCCCAAGAUCGGUCCAGCCGAUGGCUCAGGGGCUAUCGCGAAGGACUUUAAGAAAGCCAAAUACUGGUUCACCAGAGCAACACGCAAGAUCUGGCCAGAAGGUCUUCAAUCAGACAAACAGAAGGAAGUUUCGAAAUAUACAAAAUAUCUCGUCAGUAUGGCUGCUACCUCGCUCGGUAAAAUGUACCUUAGAGGUGAAGGUUUCGAAAGCAACAACUAUAUCAGUGCAUUCAAAUGGCUCGAGCGCGCCCGCGACCUGGACUCAGCUGAAGCUGAGUACUAUCUGGGUAUUAUGUACAGAGAUGGCUAUCACGUCGGCGUCGAUUUAAAGAAAGCUUCAGCAUACUUUACAAGCGCAGCUUCAAAUGGCUAUCCAGAAGCUUAUGUAGCACUCGGAAAUGCCUUCUUAGAACGUAACGAUAUCGUUAAUGCUAUCCAGAACUACGAAUGGGCCGUCAAUAUUUCCCGGUCUUUCGAGGGAACGUAUCGUCUCGCUACAUUGACACGCGAUAGUGACUGUCAAUCUGCCCUCGCAAAAUUCAAGAGUGUCGCUGAACGCGGCGACUGGACACACGGUGAUAAAGUCUGGAAAGAAGCUAAUUCGCGCUGGGAAAAAGCCAAUGAGUGGAACAGAGACAGCUAUGGCCGCAAUGAAGCUGAAUCUGCUCUACUCACUUGGUGGAGAAUGGCAGAAAGAGGAUACGAAUCAGCCCAGAAUAAUGUUGCAUAUAUCCUCGACCAAGACAAGCAGGCAAUUAGAUUGCCGCGCUUUGAUAGACCAGCCAAUGACACGCUCAGCAAAAUCAGCUUGGGAUAUUGGGAGAAGUCCGCCGAGCAGAAUGUCCUCGAUAGCAGAAUCAAAGCGGCCGACUAUUACUUCAGAGGUUUAGGCACAGACGUCAACUACGAGAAAGCUGCUGCAUUGUAUCUCAAUUCCGCCGAUACUCAUUCAUCAGCCCUUGCUCUGUGGAAUGUAGGAUGGAUGUACGAACAUGGAAAAGGUCUUCCGAUGGAUUACAAUCUCGCCAAACGGUACUAUGACAUGGCACUCGAGGUCAACAACGAGGCUUUCAUACCAGUCGCUAUAUCGCUUAUACACCUCUACGCCAAGUCUAUCUGGGGUAUGAUAACAGGCAAGGAGGACAGUAACGUCCUUUUCAAUAAUAUUCAGAAAGCAGGCACACCUAGAGAGCGGGAAGAGAUGGAGGAUAGGCAGUCUGCCCAGGAAGCCGUCAACAGAGUUGACUGGACUACUUACGAAGGAGAGACGACGUCAACGCAGAGGGAAUUCGUCGAUGGGUUGCUAGAAAGAAAUGCGUUGGUUGAACCACAAGAUGGCUUUGAGAGUACGACAUUCAUCGCUGUUAUCAUGACAAUCGCCGCAGGUAUAUACUUGCGUCGUCAGGCCAUGGCACGCGCCAGACAGAGGACGGUCGAUAGGCUGACGGAGGAGAUAACGCGUCGAGCACACGAUCAAGCCGGCCAUACGCAGCCUCAAGAGAGCGAUAACAGUGAGAACGUCCAGAACAAUCAGAAUGAGAACAAUCGAGAGCAAGAACUCAGACAGAGGAACACGACGAAUCACGACUAUUAUACCUAAAACAUAUCUUGUAUUUCUAAAAUCACAACAAUUUUUU